CGACAGACGUGAGCCAACAACGACGACUGUUCAUUUUAUUACGUCACAGACACAGUAUCAACUCGAAGUUCGAGCCCAGUGAUCAGUGUUCGUGACAUUGUAAACAGCACUGUGCGUGUAUCUAGCUUGUAACAUUAUUCAGCGCAUAACGAUGACAGAGAAGGAAAUUGAAGAUAAGAAGUUGUACGUGGAGGAGUUGAAGCACUGGAUAGAAGGACAACCCCAUUUGCCGAAUAUAGAAGACAAGAUGCUCUUGCGAUUCGUGCACAGUUGCUACUACGACAUUGAAAGAGCGAAGGGUGCCCUAGAACUGUUCUGCAAUUUAAGGACAUUAGCACCAGAGCUGCUCACUAAUAGAGACCCUUUAUCACAACAAAUGCAAAGUGUUUUGAGUUGGAUUAACGUGGCUCAAAUUAACAUAUCAAAAAACAGAUGCCUUUGGCUUUGGCAGUUGGAUGAUCCAGGACUAGUAAAGUACGAUUAUCUUUUAGAUGCGAAGUUCUUCUUUCUCUCUACCGAUGCCUACUUUCUGGAUUCAUGCCAUCUUCCUGAUGCUGACGUGGUCGUACUAGAUGCACACGAUAUAAGCUUAAAGUUCAUCACAAAGUUCAACUUGUCUCACGCAAGAAAACUGUCAAAAUAUCAAGAGGAAGCGAUACCCGUAAGACUGACACAGAUUCACGUAAUCAACGCUCCGACCGUCAUUGAUAAAAUAUUUGGACUGAUGAAGCCAUUGCUCAAGAAGGAGUUGACUGACUUGAUUCACUUUCAUACUCCAAAUUCAACAACUAUAUUCAAGUAUUUUGACAAAGAAGACUUGCCAGAGGACUUUGGAGGUACUCGGCCAUCUAUGAAAGAACUGGCCAAAAACACUGAAUCAUUACUGAUGAAGUGGCGAGAUGAACUAAAAAGUGACGACCUCUGGAAAGCAUUGCCAAUUGAAAAGAAGAAAUCAAACAACACGCCUGCUGUUUCGUCGUUCAGAUCUUUAGCUAUAGAUUAGGAUAUUUUAUAACUCAAUAAUGGGACCAUCUUACAAUAUUGAUCUGUUAGAUAUAAUCAUUGUUCUGUAUCUCGUUUCACUGAAACAGUCUGUUGAUAGGUGAUAAAUAUAAAUACAGAAACACUUCCCUAUAACGCAGUGUUUAUGCGUUAUAGGAGUCUUUGCCUAUAACGUGUUUUUACGAAGUCGUAAUUUGUAAUAACAAUAUAAUUAAUCAAAAUUCGUUUCAAGUUUUUUCAAGUGUUUGCCGAGUUUUACUAUUUUAUUAAGGUUUUAACACACAACUUAAAUAAAAUAAUUUAAUUUUGUAAUAACGCAAUUAACACACGUGCAAAGCAACGCGAAGCUUAUUAUGAACUGUGCAAAUCAUUAUAAAUUUCACAGUACAGAAAUACAUACAUAAAUAGUCAUACGAGAUAUGGAAAUCGCGUAAUAUAAAAACGCGUUAUAGGAGGGAUUAGUGUAUAGGAGGAACGCAGUAGGUAGGUACGGUGCCGGUGUCAAUAGGAGAAAAAAAAUCGCAAUAGAUUUGAAUUAAGUUAAGAAACCCUGAUUCGCCAUUUCUAUGAUAUUUUAUGAUAUUUACAAAAUCAGGAAUGGAAAAUUAAAAGCUGCGAAUCCAGAAAUAAAUCAAUUGCUUCUACUCUCUUAUAAGUAAGUAAGGAUGAAGGUAUCCUUGACUCAUAAUUGUUAUCUCAGUAUUGUUAGCGACACAACCGCUGGGACUACCCUUUAGCAUAUUAUGUCGUUAGCAAUAAAGUUUUUUACUGUUGUAUAGAUCAGGGGUGCUCAAGCUUGAACUGCUGGCGAUCUACCUCAAAAUUGUAGGUUACGGUCGAUCAACUCUGAAAGGCUUCAAGUAUGUGUGAUGAAGAAUUGUCGUCUAGGUAGAGUGUAACGAUGACAUAGAUAUUAGUUUUGCGCAUAAUAAUAUGCAUUUUUUUUGUCAAGGUAAAUGUGGGUCUGCUCUGGAAUGUGAAUGAAAAAAACUCAUAACUAUUCAAAACUGCGAGUUUAUUGGUUCUUACACAACAAACGCGUUUUAGUGUCUAAAGUUCUUAACUUAACUAAAGAGUGACUUUGGCUGUUGAAUCUGCAUGACACUGACACACAUGUCCUGAGUAUACUUUUCAUAAGAUGGUACGUAAUUACCGAUUUUAGUUACCUAAAAAAAAUCUGUGAAUAGUUCUCUAUCGGAUUUUUUUCUCAAGAUCGACUAAAAAAGCACUCGCUAUCGACACGUCGUGAUCUACUAUUUGAGCACCCCUGGUCUAGAUUAUUCUUUUUCGAUAUUCUUUUAUUGUUUUUAUCUGGUUAGUAUAGGUAUCACCGACAGUGCCCUGUGUUUUACUGUGCCGGAUACUCCCCGAGGUCAAGAGGGACUUCAGAGGUUUGAUAACUUCCUUGAGGAAUUGGGAUGAGAAGAUUAUCCGUCCAACCCACAUAUAUAGAUAGGUACACAGUGGUCUUCGAGUUGGGGUAAAUAGCCCGUGAUUCCCUGAUACAGGAAUUCAUAUGGAAAUCUAUAGGAAGGUAUACCUAAUGGUUUACCACAAUUUGUUAGCACAGUUAUUAUUGUCGCAUUUAUAUAACUAUGAAAUAGCCGUCCAAUCGUGGACAUACUCGGCUGUGAUUUGUGUUUUUUAAAAUCUGGAUGCUUUUUUCUCAAUAUAUUUUCUAUAACAGUAAUGCAUAAAUUAUGGAUAAGAAAAUAAUGUAUAUUUUGUUCGUGAACUAUUUAUGGAUCAAUAAAUACCUCUUCGCGGUAUCUCACUGUGACCAGACCAUUUUAUAUUACUAAUAUAUUAUACUCUGUAAUAUAAAAACUGUAACUAGGUAAUUAUCAUAAUAUAUAUUUUAUAAUCAACAAAAAAUUUGCAUUAUUGCAUGCGGUAGACCGUAGACCUGAGAACUGGUUAGUUGGAAUUGUAAAUCCUUUCGCCAAUAUAUCUGUUUCUUAAGGUCUGUGUUGAUCAUGAUUGUAAAAAGUUUAUGCCGUACUUAGAUUCUCACUUAUUUAUGGGGAUAUGUACAGGAACAAGCAGACUACCCACAUUAUAUUAAGCAUCACAAAAUGACCUCAAGUUUAUCAUUCCACGAAAUGCACAGGGCCAGACUGCCUCAAGCACAUCACAGUCCGCCUGUCACUCGUACAAGUGUCAACUUAAUAUCAUCAUCAUCAUCAGCUGGAAGACUUCCACUGCUGGACAAAGGCCUCCCUCAAAGAUUUCCACGACGAUCGGACCUGCACUGCCCUCAUCCAACAUUUUCCGUUUCCAUCUUUUGGGAGCCUACCUAGUGGUCUGUGUAUGCCGGUACGUGGUCGCCAUUCGAGGAUUUUACUGCCAAAACGGCGGUUUGUCCGUUAAACUAUGUGCCCUGCCCACUGCCACUGCCUACAUUGUUAAGUGUCUAUGAAUUAAUAGUAGUAAUAAUAUAAAUAGUUAGCUAUAUUUUAUAUUGUGAUAAAGUUGUGAUGUCUGUAACGUUGUUGCCAGCCCUGUUUUAUGUGAUACAAAUUAAAUGUUUUUAAUACAAAAAGACAAUAAAGUUCGAGACACACGCAGCGCUCUUAAAUCGUUGGAUCUUAAAUAUUAAUUAUGAAGUAACUUUAGGCACUCGUCUUUGAUUAUACUCUAAGAUUUGGUUGGAAAUGAAAAUAAAUUUUAUUAUUUGUAAAAAAUUGUUGUGUGUUACUUCUUUAGAUUUAAAAUAUACCGUAAUAACGUCCAGGGGUCAUUCUUACCGUACAUACAAAAUACUACCGUACUUUCGCACUUUCAAACGAGUGUAAACCCUGUUUUUCAUCAAAUUGUAUAUAAAAAAGAACAAAAAUUUGACCGACAUCAAAAUUGCGCUCCUUUGUGAUAGGUCUUACACAUAUACCUACUACUGCAAUUGAUACGCAUCCUACGCAUAGUGCAUCCUGGAAAAUGUAGAAAAAUAAUAGAUACUUAGCGGCCUGAUUUGACGCUACCUCACCAAAACCAUUGAUUUCCGUCAAAUCAAUAAAAUAAAAUAAAUAUGAGAAAUGGUGACUGAUCUGCAGAAAGCUGUGUUGCCUCGUUGUAUCGAUACAGAGAUGAUGGAAUAUCUGAAUGAACCUGCGAUGAAAAGUGCAUCCUUUACGAUAACCAUAAGCGAAAAAUACAAUGGCUGAGACCCAAGUCAAAAGACGCAACAGUGUCUUAAAGCAAAUCUUACCAAUAAAAAGGUAAUGGUAACUGUUUGGUGGUCUCAGCAUGGAGUAAUUCACUAUAGUUUUCUCCGAUCUGAUGAUGAUCCGAUCGAUACCUUCUGUGCCGAAUUCCGAACAACGAUAGAAAUACUAGCAGUGAAACAGCCCAGACUCAUGAAUCGAUAUUCAUCAUUAUUGCCCCAUGAUAUCGCGAGACCUCAUACACCACGAGGAACCGUUUUAACUCUCUAGGUGCAAUUAGAAUUCGUCACACUCCGUAUUCGCCAGUGUCGUUUUCUACGCGAAGUUCUAUCGCAAAGGCAUAUAUGACCUUCCUAUUAGAUGGCAGAAAUGUAGAUAAUAAUGUUAAUUAUUUUGAUUAAAUAAAUAUUUUACUUAAAAGAAAAAAUGAAUUAUCUCUUCAACGAAAUUUUGUAGGUUAGUUUAGGUUUGAUAUCUAAUCACGUUUUUACUACGAACUGCAGAUGCAGUGAUGAUUGUCACCUUACGAGGGAUCUCCAUAUUAGUAGGUAGUAUGGACGCGAAUAAUUGUAUAUAAAUUUAAAUAAAAUAAUAAAUAUAAAUUUAAUUUUUCAA